AAGUUAUUUCCUGACUGUCAUGGCCGCAUGUAGCGGUUGGCUUGACACGGGAUGCAUGGGAUUUGUGUUCCGGCACGUGCUGCACGUGCUCUGGAUGUACAACCACGACGCAGUAGUCCCAGACUUGGACGAAGUGGGGAAAUACAGUAAGCAGUGCAGGAAGAUGAAGUUGGUCACGGUCAUUUUGUUCGUCUGCCUCAGUCUCACCGAAAUCCGGUCGAAGGAGAAAGGCGACAAAAACAACUUGCCUGACAAAACUGAUUCUCCGGAAUACUGCAAGAAUGAGAUUGUCUUCUUCUUGUCAGUUUUGCGACUAUGUACCACCUACAGACGUAUCUUGUACUCGAAAUCCCGUGUGAAGAACUGGGCCGGACUCGACAAAAACAUACAAGCUGCGUUACACAUAGCAGACAGCAACAUCCCCGGUGGAAAACCUGGCUCUCGAAAAGACGGUUCCAAGGAUAGUUCUGGGAAUAAUGGCUCCAAACAGCAAAGUGAUUGUGACAACGGCCCUGAAAAACUUAGCUAUGAGGACACAGACUUCGGUACUGAUGGCUAUAUUGGUUUCUUCUAUAAUGAAGAGAAAUCAGGGGACUCUGAUGAAGAUGGCAAGGAAAACCUUGACGAUGACGAUAUCCAGCCCUCCCCCUGAACUUUCAGCUGCCGUCAUCCGAGCACUCCAACGUCACCUGGAGCAGUCUGAUAGACACAGACAGGAACGCAGUGCCGGGAAGAGGAGGCGUCCCCCUUACCGGUAUCGGCAGCUGGGGUUCAUGUGCAGGUAUCUCAGCCACAGGCUCCACUAGAGGCAGUUCAGUUGCGGAACUCGGAAGCCAUCUGUUUAAUGUAUUUUCGUCCAUAUAAACCUGAAUCAAACAA